UCCAGUCCUCAUACAGAGAGCGCCGCCUCUGUUCCCCACUACUCCCCUAACCCAAACCCUCGCCGUCACCUCCAUCCGCUCCCCUUCCACCGGCGGCCAUGGACGACCCCCAGGUGCUCAUCGGCGUCUACAGGAGCGUCUCCAUGAGCGAAAUGUGCGAUAGCAUGAAGCACAAGGGCGACGACCCUGAGACGCUGGAUCUCGGCACAAACAUGCCGCUUCUCGUGUACGGCUCCCUCCCGCUUCCCGCCGCCGUGUUGGUCCACGACGGCGUCGACCGCAUCAGCCGCCUCCCCGACGUCGUCCUCGUCAACAUCCUCUCCCGCCUCCCCGCCAAGGACACCGCGCGCACCGCCGCCCUCGCCUCGCGCUGGCGCCCCCUCUGGCGCACGGCGCCCCUCGCUCUUGUCGACAGCCACCUGCUUCCGGACGGCGGCGCGUCCGGGCCGUUCACCAUCCGCGACCCCUCUCCCCGCGCCGUCACUGCCGCGGUGUCCCACAUCCUCGCGGCGCACCUGGGGCCUUUCCGCUGCGUUCACCUCACCCGAACCAUAAUGCAGGAGCACCGGGCCGAGAUGGCGCGCUGGCUCGACAUCCUCGUCGCCAAGGGGGUCCAAGAACUCGUCUUUGUCAACCGCCCUUGGCCGAUUGACCUGCGCCUCCCCGCCACGCUCUUCGGCUGCGCCUCCCUCACCCGCCUCUAUCUUGGCCUUUGGAGACUCCCGGACACGGCCGCCGUACCGCGCGGCGCCAGAUUCCCCAACCUCCGUGAGCUCGGCCUCUGCAUGACUGUCAUGGAGGACCGUGAUCUGGCAUUCAUGCUUGAAAGAAGCCCCGUCCUGGAGUUCCUCGUCCUCAUGGGAAGCCAGACCGGAGUGCGCCUCCGCCUCGUCGGCCAGAGACUGCGGUGCGUUCAGCUGGGCCAUGCCUUAUUGGAGUACAUCGACGUGGUGGAUGCCCCUAGCCUGGAGAGGCUCUUCUUUUGGGAAAUUGGCAAGCUCAAGUCCUUCAGGAAGAGGAACGACGACAACCACUCCACCAUGAACGGCUCUUCCGGGAUCAAGAUUGGGCGUGCACCUAACCUGCGUGUGCUGGGAUACCUUCAGCCAGGAGAGCAAGAGUUGGGGAUUAGCAACACCAUCGUCGUGGCUGGUAGCAAGGAGAACAUUCUCCCUAGUGUCCAGAUUUUGUCGAUGGAGGUGCAGUUUGGUGUCCGCAAUGCUGUCAAGAAAGUGCCCGGCUUUCUCCGCUGUUUCCCCAACCUAGAGAUGCUCCAUGUUUAUUCCCCUCCCAUAUCUGAAGAGUCCACUGGCAAGGUCAAUCUCAAGUUCUGGCAGGAGGGCGGUCCCAUCAAAUGCAUCGUGCAGAGCAUGAAGAAGGUGUUCUUCUACGAGUUCCAUGGGUUGAGAAGCGAGCUUGCUUUCCUCAAGUUCAUCGCAGAGACCGGUCGGGUGCUGGAGCAUAUGGUGGUUCUGGUGGCCAAAGAAUGCUUCUCCUCUGGAGAUGAUAAUGUGAGGGCCAAGCUGAAGCCUCUAGCAAGCGUGAAAUGGAACAACAAGGCUUGCCAAGUACAGCUCUUCAAGAGCGGGCGCACUAACCCGGGAGGUCCUGUUUACAGCAACAAGAUAGCUCCCGACUUUGGGUUUGCUGACCCUUUUGACCUCCUCGGGCACUAGUAGAAAGCAGAAAGGAUCUCUGUAAGUUAGUUAACAUCACCUUGCUUACAGCCUAGUUUUUUCCUAGCUAGACUUGGUGUUGUUGGAUCUGGCAGCAACCAAAAAACCGCAUUUCUCUUGGCAAGCUGUGGUAUGCUUUCUCAAUGUGGUUGAUUUCUGGGGUCUUCAACUAAAAAACCAGCAUUACUAUUGGCAUGCUUUCUGUAUGUGGUGUUACAUGAUGAGGUUGUUAGUGCCAAGUCAAGUAUUAUGUGGCUGGAUUGCUGGUGGGAGAAACCUAUUGAAUUGGAUAGAAUGUUUGU